UCCAUUCUAUGAAAAAAAAAUAUGUAAAAAAAUUCAAUUAUCAACUUGAGGCAGAUCUGGUUUAAAAUGAAAAAAAGUAUAGAUAUCUUAUCAACAGUGAAAUUAAUGCAAGUAUUUAUUUAACUGAGAUUCAAUCAAUAAAUUAUGUUGGUUGUACAGUUAUGUAGAGAACAAUCAGUGAACUGGCUUAAUUAUAGUUUACAGAAAAUGUAUACUGAGUUUAUGGCAGUCUAGGUUAGGUGCUAAUCUGUCAAGACUGUCAAGUAUAUGAGGUUAACAUCUAUUUAAUUUAUACAAUGGAUGUUUUAAAACAAUAUGAAUCCAUAGAUAUAAGUGAAGUUUGUAGAAUAUGUUUGAUUAAAAAAAGUACCAUGAUAAUACUAAGUGAAUCUGGAAUUGAAAACAUCAUAAUUUCCUGCACAUCCAUAAAAAUGUUGGAAGAAGAUAGGUCUCAUUAUAUAUGCAUGGACUGUAUAAGCAAAGUACAAAGUUGGUUCAAUUUUUAUCAACAAAUAAUUCAUUCAUUUAAAAUUGGACACUUAGUUAUUCAAGAAAUUGAAGGCCAAAAACAAGGUGGAAUUGAUAGAACUAUUUAUUUUACCAACACAGUGGAAAAUCAAGAAGAAAAUACAGUAAUAAAUCUUUCUUCUAAAAAUUUUACAAAAUCUGAAAGAGAAACAAUUAUUCCUGAACAACUGUUAAUCAAAAAAGAAUAUGAAGAUAUUAAUUUUUAUGAAAAAAGUAAUAUAUAUUUAAAUACAAAAGACAAAGAAACGCCUGGAGAAAACCGAAAUUUUGAAUGUGAAAAAUGCAGCAAAAAAUUUAAACAAUUGCAAACAUUAAAUGACCAUAUGAAAAGACAUUAUAAUAUAAGAAAUUUCGCAUGCAGUCUUUGUGGCAAAAGUUUUUAUAAACAAUUCAAUGUUUUAGAACACAUGAGGAUACACACAGGGGAGAGGCCCUUCAAAUGUGAAUUUUGUGUUAAAACAUUUACAAGGACACUUCUUUUAAGAAAUCACAUUAAAAAGGUUCAUGUCACUGAUACAAGAUUUGCAUGUGAGGUUUGUAGAAAAUCAUUUGUUGAUAGCUACCAAUUGAAAAUUCACAUGAGAACGCAUACAGGUGAGAAACCUUAUAAAUGUGCAGAGUGUGAAAAAGCAUUUGCUUUGCAAGGUCAACUUAAUUCUCAUAUUAAAUACAAACAUACAAAACAGAAAAAUUUUAUAUGUAACAUCUGUGGUAGAGCAUUCACAGCCAAACAUUCUCUUGAGGCACAUCUUAGAGUACAUUCGGGGAAGAAACGAGAACCAAAACAUGAGUGUACAUUCUGUGGGAAGAAAUGUAUUACAACAACUCAGUUAAAAAUUCACAUAAAAUCACAACACACAGGUGAGCGACCUUAUCCAUGUCAGAUAUGUGUAAAGAGUUUUAUUACCAGAAGUGCAUUAGCCUGUCAUUUGAGAACUCAUACAGGAGAGAAAUCGUACUUUUGUGGAGAAUGUAGCAAAUCAUUUAGUACCAAUUCAUCUUUGAAAAUCCAUUUAAGGGUUCAUACAGGGGAGAGACCUUUUAAAUGUGAACAUUGCUGUAAAGCGUUUAGACAAACAAGCUCCUUAAAUACUCAUAUUAAAAUACACCAAAUGUAGUAAUUUUUAGAAUAUAUGUUGCCAGAUUAAUCCAUUAAACUGAUAGCUUUGUUCAAAGAACAACGGUAUGAGUUUAGUACCAAAUGUGCAUGUCUUAUCCCAUAACUGAUUUAAGAAAAAUUAGAAAUAAAAUCUA